UCCAUUCCAACCUUAACUACGUUUCACUCUAUCAUCACCUCCUCCUACACUACACAACACCUUCAUUCAUUCAUUGAUGUAGUGUGUGCAUUGACCCACCUUACUUUGCUUUACUUUCCUCUCAAGUAUUCUUCUUCUUUCCUCUCCAAAAUUGAAUCACUCACUAUCACUACAACAUAUAUAUAAUUCAUCUUCCUUUGUUUCAACUUUCAACAACAAGCUAACUCUAAUAAUCAUUAUUAUUAAUUAGUAUUCAAGUUUAAUAAUAAUAACAGUGAUCAAUAUGUUGCACUGUUUGAAUACUAAUUCAGGGAAUCUACCAUCUGAAAGUUGCUCUUCCGACAUAACUGUUUUGGAAAGACAAAGAGAAAGAAUGAAGUGGCAACAACAACAACAACAACAUGAACAUGAGCAACAAAAUGAACAACAACGUUACUUUUCUGGAAAUGGAUUCAACAGUAAUAGUACUGUGUUCUGUUCUUCUCUGCAACAACUAGUUCAGAAUUCUCAAGAUUCUUCAUCACUUCCUCUUUUAAUGCCUCUUCAAAUCCCAACCGUUGAUGUCACUUCUUCAUCAAUUUCAAGAACUUUCAGCUGUCCACCUCUUCUUCCAGACCCCAAACUCAUUGAUUCUUCAAUUGGAAAACACAAUUCUUCUAAAAAGAGAAAAUCUGAAAAGCUCAAGGUUGUUGAUGAAAUUGAAAACAAAGACAAGAGAAUCAAAAUUGGUGCUGAGGAUGGUGAAUCUAAGAUCACAGGGAACCACAGUGCCAAAAAAAGCAACAGUAAUAACAAAGAAAACUGUGGAGCAGAAGAUACUUCAAACUCAAAGGAAAAUUCAAAAGUCUCUGAGGUUCAAAAUCAAAAGACUGAUUACAUUCAUGUUCGCGCGCGUCGCGGUCAAGCCACUGAUAGCCAUAGCUUAGCUGAAAGAGUGAGAAGGGAAAAGAUUAGUGAGAGAAUGAAGUAUUUACAAGAUUUAGUACCAGGGUGUAACAAAAUUACAGGAAAAGCCGGAAUGCUCGAUGAAAUCAUCAACUAUGUUCAGUCUCUUCAAAAACAAGUCGAGUUCUUAUCGAUGAAAUUGGCGACAGUUAAUCCAAGACUUGAUCACUUCAAUAUUGAUGAUCUAUUUGAAAAAGAGGUGUUUCCUACUUGUGAUGCAAAUGCAAGUUUUCCAGCAAUUGGAAUAUCAUCAGAAUUGAAUAAUAACAAUCCUUAUCUUCAAUUCAAUUCACCACAACAAUUUGUUCCUUAUGGUGGAUUAGAUACUGGAAUGAACCCUACAGAUAUAGGACUUAAAAGGAGCAUAAGUGCCCCUAUAUCAUUACCUGAAACUUUUAUUGAUACUUCUUGUUUCUCUCAAAUUUUACCUCCUACAACAUGGGAAGGUGAUUAUCAACAAAAUCUUUACAACAUGAGUUUUGAUCAAGCAAGAGCAACAACUUUUCCUUCUCAAUCUCAGUUAUUUACAGGUCUAGUUGAAAAUGGAAAUCUAAAGAUCGAGAUGUAGACCAGAAAUUAUGUGACCAUUCGUUGGAUUAAUUAGCUUAAUUACUCCAAAUGCCUCUUAUUAAGAUUCUUUUUUCAUUUCAAGUACAUAGCCUUAUAUAGUAAUCAAUUGUCUGUAUACUACUCCAUAAUAUGAAUAAAGUCAUAUUAAUUAAUACCUGAUAAUUAACUUCA